AUGCGAGCAGCCCGGUGGGAGCUGUACCGGCUGGAGCAAGCCCAACUGGAGCGGGCCCGACUGGAGCACCUCCGGCUGGAGCAGUACUGGCUGGAGUACGCCCGGCUGGAGCAGGCCUGGCAGGAGGAGGGUUUCAUCAUGCUGCCUACGCUCCCAAAUAACGAACCCGAUAAACAUAGAACACUCCGCCACUACCACCACGAGCCCAUGAAGUGGAUUCAUGGCUCCCCACACGCAAAUUAUUCCGAGGGGAAAUAUCACAAUCCCAGGUAUAUCACCCCGGACACAACUAGACAGGCGCAGAAGACAGUCUUCUCCUCGAGCAAAUCCCUCAUGCCAAGCCUCCUGGAACAAGCUGGAACAAGGGCACGCUACGGCUUCGAGAUAAUGGCCUUCUAG